AUGGGAAGAACCGGGAUCGCCAAAAUACCAAAGCUGCUGUUAAGGAGUUGGAAGCAAGUUCAAGGACGUGCGGGGAUAAGCAGCAAAGCUGCAAAGCUAAAUCCUAUGGUCGUCCACUACUCUGAAGAUAUUUCUGAUCAUAGGGUAGAGAUCAAUUGUGGCAGCGAAGAGGAGUGGGUCCCACACCCACGUACCGGAAUAUUCUUUCCGCAGGGACACGAGUCGGUGAUGGAUGGUGUCCCUGAGGAUGCUGCUUCUUUUGACAUGACGUUUUGGCUUAGGAACGUCGAUGGUGUGGACAAACCUGAUCCUGACCAUCAUUUUCCUAACUGAAACCCCAAAAAUGUAACUAUGACUUAGUGACGUAAAAUCAUAAUGAGACUAUACUAUAUAUGUAACUAUAGCCAAAUAAUCCCGAGGAAUAGCG